AUGGCUCAAGACUUGAUAGAAGAGGAAGGCAUUUUUUUUGAUGAACUCGACAAACUUCGAGCACUCGAACCAGAUGUCAGCCAGAAGACCUCAGAACUCCGAGAGGAGUGCAAAGAAUUUGUUGAGAAAAUGGAGCGCUUUCAGGAAAAAGUUGGCGGCCUAAUUGAGCUUGUAGACCAGUUGGCAAAAGAAACGGAGACAGAAAAGUUCAAGGCCAUCGGGGCAAGAAACCUGGUGAAAUUGGUAGAAAAGCAAAGAAUGGCAUUGCAACAGCAGCUUGAAGCUCUUAUUGUAGAGAAGAAGACACAACUUGAAAGAUAUCGCAUUGAAUGCGAUGCCUUGUCGAAAGUGGAAUCUGAGCAGAGUGAGUUUAUCAACCAGUUUAUUUUGCAGUGA